AUGUUACUCGAUAACAAACUUGUGUUCGAAUGCAACCGUGUGAGUUUUCAGUCGUUAGCAAAUUACCAAUCGAAAUUAUAUUUUUCAAAGAAUUCGUUGGAAGAAAAGAAAAUUUCGAAUACAACAAAAAUUAACUUCAGACAAAAGCAAAUUCUUGCUGAGUUUAUGUCAGAGCACACUGAUUUGGCCAAAGGAGUUCUACCAAAUACAUCACAAGGAAAAGCAACAGCCAAUAGACUAUGGGAAAACUUAGCCCUAAUGCUAAAUGCUUCUGGUCCACCAUUGAAGGAUGAUAAAACGUGGCGAAAGGUUUAUAACAACAUUUAA